UUUGAGUGCAUUUUUAUAAUUGAAUUUUUUAAAUAAAUACAGCAACAUUCACUUUUUAAUGUGACUUUAGUCAAAAUAGAACCCACCCCCCAAAACCAAAUUACACAAAUAUGCCCCUAAUGUGUGUGUGGGGGGCGGGGGGGUAGGUGGUGGUGAAUUCAUUUGGGUAGAGUCAGUGGAAAUAACUAGAAUUUACUGGGCUCCAUCCACAGCAAAUUUGCCCCAGAAGUUUGACAAGGCAGCAUAUAUGAAAAGUGCUUCUCAGUCAGCGCCCCACUGAGCCCCCCAACCCCUAUGCCUCCCCAGUAGUUACAGGGUGUGCUUCCUCUGUCAGAGAAAAACCUUCUAGUACAGAGUGGAGUUGAAAGGUUUAAAGUUUCCCUGUUUAUUGACUGGGGCAGACAUUCCGCGAAGCCUAAAUAUACACUGCUGACUUAUCAGCCCCAACCCCUUCCUAAAAUCUUUUCUAGGAAUUGGCACAGGUGGCCCCCAUGGAUAUGUAUAUGGGGCUGAGCCUGGGAAUAGGAGGCCAACAAUAUAAUUAGUAGAUUAAGAAAGAGAAUCUGUAAGUUAUAUCCCACUGAUCGGUCCUGAAUAUAUAGAUAAUCAGUCGACAACAGGAGGCCAACAAGAUAAUUAUUAUGAUAAAUGAUUGGAUGCUUUGGUGAAGCCAUAGAGACUGGUGGGUCAACCAACCCCAUGUCCGGAGGGAGAUAAAGAUCCAGUUAUUAUUUUUUUAGGCCUAAAUUCCUCUUCACACUAAAUGGUAACAUGAAAUAAGGUCUCAAAAAGGCCUGGAAUGGAUCAUGUUUUUUAAAGAAAGGGCCCGUUGACCCAAGGCAAAAGGUUCAAUGUAAAGUGAUAAGUAACUUGUUGGCGCUAUAUAAAUAAAUAAUGAUGAUUAUUAGAUAUUUCAGGAUCUCUGUGCCGCUGUUUGGGUUCCACGGAAAUGAUUGGGCUUGCUGCCACCCCUGAGGUUUCUCUGGCAGAUGAGCCGGUGAGAAUUCGUGCUUGGGGGCUCCCCCCGCAGACAGCGAUCACCCUGAGAGCCUGGGUACGGGAUGAGAAAGGGGAGAUAUUCCACUCCAGGGCAUUUUACCAGACUGACACAGAGGGCAAAGUGGAUCUGGAGCAGUCGGAAGCCACAGGGGGAGAUUUCCAUGGCAUUUACCCUAUGGGACUGUUCUGGGCUCUAAAACCAACCACCCCGUACCGGAGGCUGAUAAAACGGGAUGUUAUGGGGAGCCCUUUCCUUGUGCACCUGGAGCUGUAUCCUUCUGUGCUGCUUGUCCCCUCCGAGGAUCAUCUUCCUGCCGUCACUACAGUGGUGGAGAGGUGGUAUGUAGCUCCAGGGGUGCAACGGCUGCAGGUCAGAGAUGGACGCGUCCGAGGGGCACUUUUCCUCCCAUCAGGUGAAGGUCCCUUCCCAGGAGUCAUUGAUAUGUUUGGUGCGAAUGGAGGCCUCCUGGAGUCCCGGAGCAGCCUAUUGGCCAGUAGAGGGUUCGCCUCUCUCGCCCUCGCUUACUUUGCUUAUGAAGAUCUUCCAAGCUUUUUGGGAGUAGUGGACCUCUCAUACUUUGAAGAAGCAGCUCAGUUCCUACUGAGGAACCCUAAAGUGUCAGGGAAUGGAGUUGGAGUGGUCGCAGUGUCCAAAGGGGCAGAGAUUGCACUGUGUAUGGCCUCUUAUCUGCCACAGGUUCAAGCUACAGUCUGUAUCAAUGGCCCCAAUGCUCUGUAUGGCAACUGUCUUGCUUAUGGGAAUAUUUCCAUGAAGGCAAUUCCGUACCAGAUACAGAAAGUUCAGUUACACUCAGAAACCAUACAAUUUAGCUCUGCUUUAGAGGAUCCAAGGAAGCCGGAAUAUGAGGAUUCUGUCAUUCCCAUAGAGAGAGCCCGGGGCCCCGUCCUUUUCUGCGUUGGAGACAAAGACCAGAAUUGUGAGAGUUUGUUCUUUGCAAAUGAAGCUUUAGCUCGGGCAAGGAAAAAGGGCAAGCAGAAUGUGUAUGUGCGGCGUUACCCAGGGGCGGGGCAUCUCCUGGAGCCCCCCGGCUCUCCUUUCUGCCCUGUUUCACAAUCCCCUUACUUUCCCCUUCCCUUAAUGUGGGGUGGGGAGCUUGUGCCCCACUGUACAGCCCAGGAAACAUGCUGGAGAGAGAUGCGGGAUUUUCUCCAUAGCAAUCUUGCCCCCAGUACCAAGAGUAAGUUAUAGGGAACAGGAUCCUUAUUGAUUCUUGGGGAUUUUAUGUGCAUUGUCCCAUUAUAUCCUGCACUUCUGAUUGGACUAUUUGUAUCAUCACCUGCCAGUGGAAAUGCUGGUGCUCCUGGCCAAGCUGCACGGUAUGUGAGAGGGACAAGCCUGGGACUAAUUUCUGUCACAUGACUUACUAAAACGUGUAUAUUAUAAUAAAGUACCACCUUUUGUAAAAUAUGAA